GGAGUUUAAAGUUAGUGGUUCCAGCUGCCGUCUGCACAGCGGUUCAUAACAAUCAGGCUGCAGGACACGGAGGACAGAGAGGACAGGGUGGACAGUGUGGACAGUCUGUGUCUCUGCGGUGAAUGAAAGCGGGUUCUUCUGAUGCUGAAGGAUUCAGUCUGCACAAAACUCGUCGCAUUGUUGUUUUGGACCAUGAACUCUGCGGCGGCUGAAGCUCAGGAGCUCAGACAGGCUGCGACUUUCUGUAACUUCCCGUCCUGCAGUCUGCAGGAGCUCAGAUGAGACGAAGAGAGUCUGAAGAUUUUUACCAGCGAACAAACUAAAGCGGAGACGUCAUCAUGUCCCUGUGGAUGGUCCUUCCUGUCAGCCUGCCCGUCUUCACCAUCACGGGGAUUUGGGUCGUAUAUGCGAUGGCCCUGUACAACCAGCACGUCUGUCCUGUGCAAAACUGGCUUUAUAAUGAGUCGUGUGAGGAGCCGCUGCCGCUCCAGAGAGGUCCAGUUCUCUGCUGCACGCUGGACAACGUCCCUCUCAUCAGUAAAAGUGGAACUCUGCCACCUGAAAGCUGCUUUUUCAGCCUCAUCUGCAGCACGGGAUCCUUCAUGGUGAUGCUGAUUGCUCUGCUGCGUUACGCUCACGUCAUAGAGAAGCACCAGAACUGCGUCCUGAACACGGCCGGCCUCUCCACCGCCUGGAUCUGUGCUGCCGGUCUCAUCAUGGUGGGAAAUUUCCAGGUGGAUUUUGCUAAAGUCCUCCACUACGUCGGAGCCGGAGUGGCCUUCCCCUCCAGCAUGCUGUUUGUGUGUCUUCAGUCGGCUCUGACCUACAGACUCGCCAAGACCCAGGACGAGUACCGGAUAGGACACCUGCGUGUGGGGAUGACUCUGCUGGCGCUGAUCUCCCUGGUGCUCAGUGGAGUUUUCUUUUGCCAGGAGAGCUUCGCCCUGCAGCACGCCUCCGCCAUUUUUGAGUGGGUCUACUGCACGCUUAUCAUGCUCUUCUACGGGACUUUUGCCUUCGAAUUUGGUGGCAUGUCGGGGGACACGCUGAUGGUGCUGUCCAGAGGAGGAGGGGGUGGGGUGUUGAGCUUUUCCACCUCUGGACACAAAACAGAAGUUGGCGGCGGCUCCAACCACCAUCAGCCAGACAGCUUGUCGAUGCUGUAACUAAACUGCAGUGCACUUCUGCGUCCCUGGAGGUCAAAGGGUCAAUCUGGAAGACACCAACAUGGAGUCCCGAGCCUGGAAGCUGCACAUGCUCACGCUCACUAUUGCACACAGCCGUGAUGCCGAAGCUGUUCUGACCAAAGACUGGCAGACUUCACAGACUUUAAACGUGCUUUGCAACAGUGUGCAUGUUACAAACAUCGCACAGGAUCAUUAGAUGCCUUGCUGAGCACUGAAAGAGAUACUCAUGUGCACACACACACGCACACAGCCCUCGCUGUUUGUUUUAACUCUCUCAAUGUAACAAUCACUCUCUGCAUUCUUGGCUGAAGUUGCCUUUUUAUCCGACCAAACGUCCUCAAAGGGCCUCAGAUGCAGCGGCGUCGGUUUGUUUGAAUGUUUAGGCGUUCAGACACCGAGCUCUCUGUUGUUUUUUCACUCAGGAAGUUUUGUUACAUAAUCAGCUUUCACUCUUUACCUCACAGUUAGGUAAAGUUUUCCAAAAAAAGUUGACAACAGAUGGACCAAAGGUUACAAUGUGCCAAAAAUAAUUCAUUUCAAGGUUCUGUGUGGAAUUUUUUAAUAUUCUUUUUAUUGCCAAAAUUAAUAGAUUGUAACAUAACUUAAAAACUGAGACCUCCAUUUUUCUCGGUUGCUUUUUGCAGCCUGUGGACUGACUGGCAUGUUUUUCUGGAAAAUUCAAAAGAUAUGACGUCAUGUGUUUUCUUCAGCUCUGCUCCAACACUAACAGUGUACAACCGCCGUUAACAUUAGCAAAGAAAUGGCGUCCACAGACGACUGUCACCAACGGUGGCAACCUAGUGGAGAAGGACCUUCACUCAGCGUCCUGCUGCAACUCGAACUCAGCCAGAGCAAGACCGAGCACCCAAGCUACAGGGGAUGAUCCUGCACCCUCUAGACUGCCCAGACUCACCGCCAGAUCAGCAAACUUUCUGUUGCUGCCGUUACACGGGUUAAGCUCUGUACACACUGUGCAAUUUUGGGCUGUCUCAGAGGAAUGAUAACCAUUGUAAGAGAAAACGUGGCAAUAUCUUUCAUCGUGGCUCUAGAACGGUGUUCCUAGUCCCACUGUGAGAGGUUCAAGGACAGCCGUUAUCAGAAAUUUUGGAUAAUCAUCUCACUAACCAACCAGCAGAAAUGUGGCAUGCAAUGACACACUGAUCAGUGUCACACUGCUAGUGAAUGCUAAAUGUUAAUAGAUGCUAAUACUUGCUUCGAGCUCUUGUUGCAAAACUGGCGUGCCAAGUUGGCGUCUCUUCCCCAGCCACGGCCGUGUCCACAUUCUCCUCGUCCUCUACUUCAGACUGUUUCAGACACACAUAAAUGCCACUAUAGCGAGGGCUUGAUUCAUGUUUGUUUACAUUUUUCUCUCACCACUAUGCCAAAGACGUUUUGUUCUUGCAUGUUGACGUCAGUGGACGUAGGUCAUAGCCUGCGGUUCAGUAGGUGAUGACAUCGAACAGUCUGCACGCAUCAAAUGUUGUCGGACUCUGUUUUUUUAGAUCCAUGUCGCACAGAGUAGCUGCACUAAAUUUUAAAGAUUGCAAAAAUCCCACAGUCUGCAGGAGGCUGCAGACCCAGUGCUGCUGCUGGCCACCAGUCCACUGUGAGCCGCGGGGCUGGGGUUGGUGCUGGGUAAAUUAGAGUCACUACAGCAGCUGAGGUCGCAAUCAAAAAACAAAAUGAAUAUCAAUAUUUGUUUAUAUAAAUAUCUAUCAAAAUAUCUCCCAUGUUAACAGCCAACGUUAAUUAUCCUGGCAGAAAGUAGAAAAAGAUGUUUUCUUGAGUUUUAAAUGGCGACAGAUUUAUGUGAAUGAUGACUUUCAGCAUUUAUUCUGAAAAUCUGCAGUUCCUAAACCCAUUUAUUUGUAAAUUGAAGUUGUGCCUCAAGAGAUAUAUACUUUAUGAACUGUUUGAAAGUGUAGGCGCUCACUCCACAAACAAGGUAUGAAAACACGUCCGUUUGGCAGCUCGAUAAAAGCCGUCUGUCUGACAAAUUGUCAUUUUAGUUAAUCAGCUUUUUUUUACGUAGCCGCCAACGUCAGAUCAAUGCUGCGUAGCUUAGCUUAGUUAGCUGGCUACCUUAGCAUGCUAUCGUUAACAAACGUUAUCUGUGCAGAUUUGUUAGUUAGCUUCCCAAAUUCCCUCCCCAGCGAACUUGAUACAUAAAACUACCCUGUUAUGACAAACGGUGUUGAUAGAGCCAACAAAAGAUGUAACAGUCCAAUCAUCUUAUUUUAUUUGUCAAAAAAGACAUUAAAAUGUAAAAGUACAAAUUAAGAGCUACUAUUAGCCAAGAGCGGUGCGCAGCCAAUUUAACGUUAACUUAAGCUAACGUUAGCCAGCCCUCGGAAAGCGAUGACAAUAAAAACAAGGAUUUUCUAAGUUACAUACAGAACCUUUAAUGAGGUUUAGUUGUUUUAUGUCCUUAUGUUAAACUAUUUUUUAUGAUGUCCACAGAAAUAUUUUGUGCAACUUUAUGUGGCAAUAUUGCCUAAGUAGCUGUUUCAUAUUUUGCCCAAAUAAGCUCUAAUGUAUAUUUUUGUUAUAUCAGCUAAAAAAAAAGUUGUAUCACUUGUUUAACUUUUUUCAAUGGGACCAAACUAUUUAUAUCGUCAUGCUGUAUUUGAUCACAUGUAGAAAUAUUUUAAAAGAGCAUAAAGUUCAGUAAUAAUGUAUGCAGAAAACAACACAAUUAAAACAAAUGAAAAAAAAUCUUUAUUUUCAUUCAUUUAAAGAAAAAUCAAACGCCUCUUGUUAAAAUGGUUUA